AAAAGAUAAAGAUCUUUGUUCAAAGGAUAUAUAAAGUCAUAAACAAAAGGCCACUGAGCGUACGUACAAGUAGCGAAGCAUUGACGAAAAUCAACGAAACUGAGCUAAUUCAGGAAAGGUAACAUGGAAGAGCCUUUACAUGAGGUACCCCAAAACCUCCAGAUGCUUGUACGUCUGGUGGUAAGAGGAUUUUACACCAUUGAGGACAUUCUGAUAAUAGACAUGCUCGUCAGGAACUUUUGCAUGAGUGAAGAUGACUUGUGUGACCUCCUGAAAUUUGACCGUAAAAUGCUUAGGCAGCGAAUAAAUACCCUCCGAGCAGAUAAAUUCAUACAAGCAAGAAAUAAGAUGGUUACCUUAGAGGAUGGCAAAUCCCAAAAGGAACAGUAUUAUUUUGUAAAUUAUAAGAGUUUUGUUAAUGUUGUUAAAUAUAAGUUGGACCACAUUCGCAAGAAACUGGAAAUGGAGGAACGUGACCAAACGAGCCGUGCUUCAUUCAUAUGUCAUUACUGCCAGCGCNGAGACACGUACCGUAUCACCUUACUCGAGAGGCGUCAACUACUUUCUAAUGAUGUUACUGGACACCGCUAUACAACGAAAGAGGGUUCAGAAAUGCCGUUGACUUGCGAAAAUUAUCUUAAGGCUAUUGUCAAGCUCGGCGUCGCAGAUGAGAGAAAAAAGGGAAAUCUCGCAGCAUAUGCAUACUAA